GUGAAAGAUGCUCUUCUGUCUCCAUGGCUCAUCUUCAAUCUGGACGGCAGUAGAACCAUUCCUGGAUCUUUGGGAGUCUACAGCCGCAGGGCAGUGAACAGAGGCUAUGUCACCAUCUUGUUCAGGCUGCAUCAGGACUGGCAUAGCCAUGACACGACCAAUUCCUACGUGCUGAUCCGCAGGGCGCUUCUGCUUUGCCUCAGGCAUAUUGCCAACCUCCGGUCUGGCAGGGAGGCCUUCCUGGCAGCUCAGGGCAUGGAGAUCCUUUUCAGCACCACACAGAACUGCCUGGAUGACAAAAGUCUGGAGGCUCUCAUCUCCCUUGUGCUUCAGAUCCUGAGGCAAUGCUACCCUAAGAGUCCACUUCCCUUGGUCACAGCCAGCAGUGCUUAUUCCUUCCCAGUCCCUGGAAGCACCACCUCUGAACCUCCACGUGUUCUAACUGAAGAAGAUUUUGAAGAUGAUGGAGACGAAGAAGAGGACAAAGACUCAGAUUCUGAAGAUGUGAAAGAGGAAGAUGAUGCCUUGGAAACAGAUGUGAACAAACUGAGCUCCAAACCUGGUCUUGAUUGACCUGAAGAGGAACUGAUGCAAUAUGAGGCGAUGUGUCUUGAGCUCUUCUGCAGUUUUGAGGCACUGGAGCCCAACCCUGGAGGUGGUUUGAACUUGGACGAGACUCGGUGUGCCAGUCACCACCACGUUCUGACUGCUGCCUCCCCAAAAGGGCUUUGCCUGAAUAAGGACCAAAUCUCCUGGGGACAAGAAAGAGGAGUCCCUGUCCAGACCUCCCUUCUGAGCAGAGUGAAGAUGGGGAGGUCCAACAUACAUCUAACCUCCAAAAAAGGACUUGGAAUGAACCCAUACCGAAAUGCACAAUCCAGUGGUCUUGGGAUAGGUUCUUCCGGAAGUGAAAUCUCAGACGUUCAGGUGUCCUUCAAAGAGGAUGCUUGGGACAUAGAUGCGAUUUCCUGCCCAAGGAUAAGUGCCUCCUUUUCCAAUUCCACUAGACCUAGAGAAACUGCUGAAUUAAUAGAUAAGCUCCUGCAGACACAUCGGACGCAUAUCGCCUUCCAUGACCCCUAUCUUUAUAUGGCCAAAGCUAGAAGAACCGGAUCUGUGUCUGACUUCACAAUGAUGGCAUUUCCUGAUUUCUGGGGGCAUUGUCCACCUCUCUCUGCCCAGUCCGUGUUGGAACGUAAAUGUGGAGUCCAAAGGAUCAAAAUAUUUGAGGAUGUCCGGAGGCUCAUCCAGCCAAGCGAUAUUAUAAAUAAAGUUGUCUUCAGUCUAGAUGAGCCUUGGCCUUUGCAAGACACGACUUCUGACUGCUUACGGUUCUUCUCCAAGUUUGAGUCUGGAAAUCUUCGCAAAGCCAUCCAAGUGCGUGAGUUGGAGUACGACUUACUGAUCAAUGCUGAUGUGAAUAGCAUGCAGCACCAGCAGUGGUUCUACUUCAAGGUGAGCGGUAUGAGGGAUGCGGUCCCUUAUCGCGUCAACAUUAUCAACUGUGAGAAGGCCAACAGCCAGUUCAAUUAUGGGAUGCAGCCAACUCUGUAUUCUGUGAAGGAGGCUCUUCUUGGUAGACCUGCCUGGGUAUGGACAGGCUAUGAAAUCUGUUAUUACAAAAAUCAUUAUCGCCAGAGCGCAGCCAUCACAGGGGCAGAGUCUGGGAAGUGCUAUUACACCCUCACCUUUGCCGUCACCUUCCCGCAUGCCGAGGAUGUCUGCUACCUGGCCUACCACUAUCCCUACACCUACACUGCCCUCAUGACUCACCUUGACGUUCUGGAAAAAAGCGUGAACCCCAAGCAGGUCUACUUCCGUCAGGAGGUUCUCUGCCAGACACUAGGAGGGAAUUCAUGUCCAUUGGUGACCAUCACUGCCAUGCCCGAAUCUAACAGCACUGACCACCUGGAGCAACGCCAUGAGUAG